UGAAAUUGUUCCCCUUCUGUAAAGCGUCGGAGAGAAAUGGAAGACGACGGAGAGAGAUCCAGCAUCGUGAUCAGCCUCAUCGAGAACAGAGCCAAAGAGGUUGGAAUGGCUGCAUUUAAUUUGAGAUCAGCUUCUCUGGAUCUUUCGCAGUACAUUGAAACCAGUGGCUCGUAUCAGAACACCCAAACUCUGCUGCAAUUUUACGAUCCGAUGGUGAUAAUUGUACCUCCCAACAAACUGGCAGCUGAUGGGAUGGGUGGAGUUUCAGAAUUGGCUGACAAGUUCUGUGGACAUAUCAGGAAGGUUGUAAUGGCCCGUGGAUGUUUUGAUGACACCAAGGGUGCCGUCCUAGUGAAAAGUUUAGCAGCAAAGGAGCCGUCAGCCCUCAGUCUAGAGACUUACUACAAACAAUAUUAUCUUUGUUUGGCUGCCGCUGCUGCUACAAUCAAGUGGAUAGAAGCUGAGAAAGGACUUAUCGUGACAAAUCACUCCUUGUCGGUUACCUUUAACGGAUCAUUUGAUCACAUGAGCAUAGACGCAACUAGUGUUCACAACUUGGAAAUAAUUGAGCCAUUUCACUCUUCACUUUUGGGCACAACCAGCAAAAAAAGAAGUCUUUUCCAAAUGCUCAAGACAACAAAGACCAUAGGAGGAACCAGGCUCCUUCGUGCCAAUCUGUUGCAGCCCUUAAAAGACACCGAAACUAUCAACACUCGCCUCGAUUGCCUGGAUGAGCUGAUGAAGAACGAACAGCUAUUCUUCGGACUCACUCAGGUUCUCCGGAAAUUUCCAAAAGAGACUGAUAGAGUACUCUGUAACUUCUGCUUCAAGCCCAAGAAAGUAACAAAUGAGGUUAUGGGUGUUGACAAUUUCAAGAAAAGCCAAGUGUUGAUAUCAAACAUUAUUGUGCUUAAAACAACUUUGGAUGCAUUACCUCUGCUUGGGAAGGUUUUGAAGGAUGCAAGUUGUUUUCUUCUGUCAAAUGUUUUUAGAACUGUGUGUGAGAAUGAGGAUUACUCUACCAUCAGAAACAGAAUUUGCGAGGUGUUCGAUGAAGAUGUUCUUCAUGCACGUGUCCCUUUUGUGGCCCGAACACAGCAAUGCUUUGCAGUCAAAGCUGGGAUUGAUGGACUUCUGGAUAUUGCAAGGAGAACAUUCUGUGAUACAAGUGAAGCUAUACACAACCUCGCGAACAAGUAUCGUGAAGAAUUUGGACUACCAAAUUUGAAACUUUCAUUUAAUAACAAGCAAGGGUUUUACUUCAGCAUUCCACAAAAGGAUGCUCAGGGAAAGCUUACUAGCAAAUUCAUUCAGGUCGUAAAACAUGGAAACCAUCUACACUGCACAAGCCUAGAACUUGCUUCUCUUAAUGUGAGAAAUAAGUCUGCAGCUGGAGAAUGCUAUAUAAGAACAGAACUUUGCCUUGAAGCCCUAGUAGAUGCCAUCAGGGAGGAUGUCACUACACUCACGCUUCUGGCUGAGGCCCUCUGCCUCUUAGAUAUGAUGGUUAAUUCAUUUGCACAAACUAUCUCAUCAAAGCCUCUCGACCGAUAUACUAGACCUCAAUUUACUGAUGAUGGCCCAUUGGCAAUUGAUUCUGGAAGACAUCCAAUUCUCGAGACUAUACACCAUGAGUUUGUUUCCAACGGUAUCUUUAUCUCGGAGGCAUCAAACAUGUUAAUUGUCAUGGGACCAAACAUGAGUGGAAAGAGCACAUAUCUCCAACAAGUAUGCCUUACAGUCAUUCUUGCUCAAAUUGGUUGCUAUGUUCCUGCUUGCUUCGCAACUAUUCGCAUAGUUGAUCGCAUAUUCACAAGGAUGGGUUCAACGGAUAGCCUAGAAUCAAACUCCAGUACGUUCAUGACAGAGAUGAAAGAGACAGCUUUCAUCAUGCAGAACGUUACCCCAAGAAGUCUGAUUGUUAUGGAUGAACUAGGAAGAGCUACUUCCUCCGCUGAUGGAUUUUCCAUUGCUUGGAGCUGCUGCGAAAAACUCUUAUCAAUUAAAGCGUAUACAAUCUUUGCAACCCACAUGGAGAACCUAUCCGAGCUGGCAACUCUCUAUCCGAACGUGAGGAUUCUUCAUUUCGACGUUGAUGUACUUAACAACCGUCUGGAUUUCAAGUUCAAACUCAAGGAUGGACCAAGACAUAUUCCGCACUACGGCCUUUUGUUAGCAGAAGUGGCAGGAUUACCGAGGUCGGUGAUCGAUACAGCACAAUGCAUUACAUCAAAGAUCACACAAACGGAAAGGAAGAGAAUGGAAGUGAACUGCGAGCAGCAUCAUCAACUGCAGAUGAUUUAUCGGGCUGCCCAACGGCUAUUGUGCUUGAAAUAUUCCAGCCAACCUGAAGAUGCAAUCAGGCAAGCACUUCAGAAUCUCAAGGAGAGCUAUCUAGAUGGAACUGUCUGAAACCUUCAACUAUUACC